AUGGGUAUCCUUGUGGUUGUUGCUGGGGCUCUGUUCGCGCUGCUUUUGCCCCCUGCAGCUUAUGCAUCUCGGAGCUAUCCAACAGGUGAAGAGGCAGAUCAAAAGCUCCAUGCGAUCAUCAACAACGAAACAAAUUCGAUUCGAGGAUUGAUCGACCAUGUUUCACCUCAUCACGAUAAGGCUUCUGACGCUAAUAUCAUCUACUUUGCAUAUCAUGGUGUUGCAACGGCACCAAAUGGUUACUACGGGUUCAUCGGAACAAUGGACGUGUAUGGCUUCCCCUUGUCACAAGGACAAGGGAGUGCAGCCGCGGUUUGGAUUUCCGACGAAGGAGAUGGUGCAAGAUCAGGCCUGAAAAACAUUAUGAUUGGUUGGGAUGUUUUACCCGACCUGUACGGCGAUUCCAAGACCCAUUUUUACACCAAGUGGACCAAUGAUGGGUAUCAAAGCACAGGUUGCUUCAACACGAAGUGCAAUGGUUUUGUGCCUGAAAAAGGUGCAGCCAUCGCCCCUGGAGAUGUCAUCGAUCGCGUAUCAUCUCCCAAGGGAGCCAAGCGAAAUCUCAACCUUAAAAUCAUCAAGAACGGCACAUCAGGUGACUGGCUUGUGCACACCGGUCUGGAUCGUGACCCUCAACUGAUCGGCCGUUUCCCUAGAUCGCUCUUCACCGGAGGCUUUGCAGAUAAAGCCGUCGGCGUGCUGUUUGGCGGCGUGGCGGCGGCGCCCCUAACGAAUCCGGCGCCGAUGGGGAGUGGGUACCUGCCGACGGACGUCAAGAGCGCUGCGUCCAUCAGCAACAUUCAGCUCAUCGACCAAGAUGGCCGGGCAUGGCCUGUCACUGGGGACCUGCCCAAGGUCGAGACCAACCCGAGUGCCUACGCCGUCAGCCCCAUCGUCAACGGGCAGUUCUUCUACGGGGGACACCAGCAACCACCGGUGGUGCCAUGA